GUAUGAAUAUACAAAUGUGAAUUAAAAAAAAAACUUUUCAUGUAGAAAACUGUUUUUUGUGAGUUUCUUGUAAAUAUAUGUGAUUAGGAAUUAAAAAAGAAAACAUAAAUUAAAGAAAAACAGACAUAAUGUCUUCCGGGCGGCCUAUUAAAUGUGUUGUCGUUGGAGAUGGUACCGUUGGAAAAACAUGUAUGUUAAUUUCGUAUACGACAGACAGUUUUCCUGGUGAAUAUGUUCCUACUGUGUUUGAUAAUUAUUCAGCACCAAUGGUUGUUGAUGGUAUACCAGUAAGUUUAGGAUUAUGGGAUACAGCUGGCCAAGAAGAUUACGAUCGAUUACGACCAUUAUCGUAUCCACAAACAGACGUCUUUCUAAUAUGUUUUAGUGUAACGAGUCCAUCAUCUUUUGAAAAUGUUACAUCUAAAUGGUAUCCAGAAAUAAAACAUCACUGUCCUGAUGCCCCAAUGAUAUUAGUUGGCACAAAAAUAGAUCUUCGAGAUGAUCGUGAAACAUUAACAGCAUUAGCCGAACAAGGUCUAUCGCCAAUAAAACGUGAGCAAGGCCAAAAAUUAGCAAAUAAAAUUCGUGCUGUUAAAUAUAUGGAAUGUUCAGCAUUAACACAACGUGGUUUAAAGCAAGUAUUCGACGAAGCUGUUCGGGCUGUACUUAGACCGGAACCUCAAAAACGUCGUCAGCGUAAAUGCACGCUUAUUUAGAUAUUAUAUUAUUUUAUUACAUCACCGUCCUAAUCAAUAACAAAACAAAAACAACCCUCCCUUAACCUCGUUUACCCUUCUAUACAACAGCCCAUGAAAUCGAUAUUUUCUCAGGAUUUCUAUUUGAAAAUAGUUCUCAUUCGCACUGUACUUGAAGUAUUCAAAACGGUUCUUAAUCGCUUUCUUGUUUUACUUACAUUUUUUAAUUCUCCCCCGUAAAUAUUCAAAACUACAGCUAACAUCCACCAUUUUAUGUCCUUGGGAUACACAGAGUAAGUGUUUUAAGCCAGCACAGCCAAAUAUUCGUUUACGUAAAACUGUCAUAUUGACUCCAAGCAAUUCAAAUUAUAUUUUACAAUAUAAUAAUCAUAAUAAAACAUAAGAGAGGUCCGAAAAUGGUUCCUAUACCAAGGAAUUCUUUGUGUCUUCUUUGAGAAAAACUUGCCAUCCGAAGGCAAGAUAUCUCUACAUAAAAAAAGAUGCUAUUUUAAGCAGAUGAAGCUAUGAAAUUCUGUCGAGGCCAAAUGCUACGCAGAAAUUUUACGGCUUCUCCGUCAGGAUUUCUCCCGGAAUUGAUGGAUUUAAGAUUUCGGAAACAAACAUUCUAAACCUGAAGCCCUGUAAGUUUAUGGAAGUUUCAUCGCCAUUCAUUCAAAUAGAAUCAUCAGAGGUUCCCGUGUUAAGAAUGUGAUAGUUCAAUCGACAGUGUCUUGUCAAGAGUCCUACCAACCUUCUCAACUGGGCUCUGACUCCAGAGGACCCAAAAUGGUGGAUUGUGAUGUCUGUAGUGCGCAUCUAAACAGGUAAACGUUGUUUUCAACGACGUCUCAGGUUAAAACUAAUUUUAAAAUUUUACUAAUUGACUAAUUCAUAAAGUUUUACUCAAAUUUCUAAACAUUGAGCACAUUUAAUUUUCGUAACGAAUACACGAAUAUUAAUUGUACAAUUUGAGGAAUUUUAUCGCAUAUUUAUCAUAUCCAUUUUAUUAAACAGGGUGUUCAAAGAUUUUUU